UUCGAAUAUAUUUUUUCGAACUAAAAAAAAUCAAACUGUAAGACCAACACAACUACGCGAUGAGUUUGAGUAAACUUUUUGCUGGUAGGAAGAGGAAUAGUUCAGUAUGGAAAUGGUUGAAAUACGAUGCGUCAUCCGACAAAUCAGUAUGUUUAGUUUUACUUGAUGGUGAAAAAGUAUGCAAUACAAAGUUGUGUGGAAAGAACCCAACAAAUCUUAAACUACAUUUAGCAAGAAACCAUAAGUCUGUACACGUUGAGCUGGAAGAGUCGGAAUUAAAGAAAUUAAGUGAAAAAAAGCAAACAGGGAUAAAGAGAAAAGCAGUGGAUGAAAAUGGACCCACUCUUUUAGAAUCGUCCUCAAAUCAGAACCAGACCUUGAUUCAAUGCAUUAAUCGUAGGAAUACCGCAUGGCCUAUUAAUUCACACGAGCAUAAAAUUCGACUAAACUCUCUUAUUCAAAUGAUAAUUGCAACAUGUAAUCCAGUGACAUUGGUGGAUAAUGCGAGUUUUAGAAAGUUAGUUAAUACCCUGGAUUAUAAAUUUUCAUUGCCUGCUUCUGCCAAAAUUACUAGCCUACUUAAUGAAGAAUUUACUGUUUUAACGAGAAAACUUCGUGACUUCAUAUCUGAAGGCAGGCGCUUCACAGUAUGCCUUGAUGGCUGGACUAAAAAAGGUCUUACUGCGUCCUUUUUAGGAAUUUCGGUUUGUUUUUUUCACUUCAAAUCCGAAAAACCAAUACAUGCUCUGCUUAAUUUGUAUCUUGUGAAACAUCCACGUACAGAGAAAAAAUAUUGCUUGUUAUUUCGGACAAUGGAGCAAACAUGGUCAAAGGCAUAA